UCGACCCGCUCAUUUGUAAACAAAGGUGGUAACGAUGUUUCGUACGGUGCUGGAGCUAAUGACGACGUUUCGUACGGUGCUGGAGCUAAUGACGACGUUUCGUACGGUGCUGGAGCUAAUGACGACGUUUCGUACGGUGCUGGAGCUAAUGACGACGUUUCGUACGGUGCUGGAGCUAAUGACGACGUUUCGUACAGUGCUGGAGCUAAUGACGACGUUUCGUACGGUGCUGGAGCUAAUGACGACGUUUCGUACAGUGCUGGAGCUAAUGACGACGUUUCGUACGGUGCUGGAGCUAUUGACGACGUUUCGUACAGUGCUGGAGCUAAUGACGACGUUUCGUACGGUGCUGGAGCUAAUGACGACGUUUCGUACGGUGCUGGAGCUAAUGACGACGUUUCGUACGGUGCUGGAGCUAAAGACGACGUUUCGUACGGUGCUGGAGCUAAUGACGAUGUUUCGUACGGUGCUGGAGCUAAAGACGACGUUUCGUACAGUGCUGGAUCAAAUAACGACGUUUCG